GUGUACGGACACAAAACAUACAGAUUAUUCUGUAUCUGUCGAUUUUUGUGUUUCUAAUCUCGUUCUCUAUCUGGAGACUCUUACACCAGUAAACACAGGAUAGAUUUGUUCCAUCAACGUUUCCUUGCUCACUGUGUUUUCCUCUUUCCGCACAGCAAUCAUGUCCAGUGGAGAUAAGUCCAAGACUUCUUCCCAGACCGAUGGGAAGGCUGCUCAGGGCAAGAAGUCUGAGAUGGGAAUGAUGUCUUACAAGCUGUAUGUCUUCGACCAGGAGAACUUCCAGGGUCGCGUGAUCGAGAUCAGCAACGAGUGCAUGAAUGUGUGUGAGAUGGGCAUGGACCGCGUGCGCUCCCUGCGCGUUGAGGGUGGACCCUUCGUGGGAUUUGAGCAGAUGAACUUCUGCGGUGAGAUGUACAUCCUGGAGAGGGGAGAGUAUCCUCGCUGGGACUCCUGGAGCAACUGCCAGAAGAACGACUACCUGCUGUCCUUCAGGCCCGUCAGAAUGGAGCCCGAGAAGCACAAGAUCUGCCUGUAUGAGGUCGGAGAGUUCAAGGGCCGCAAGAUGGAGAUCAUGGAUGACGACGUUCCUAGCCUGUUCUCCUACGGCUUCACCGACAGAGUGGGCAGCGUCAGUGUCAGCUGUGGAACCUGGGUGGGAUACCAGUUCCCUGGAUACCGUGGAAGCCAGUACCUGCUGGAGAAGGGCGAGUUCAGGCACUUCAAUGAGUUUGGCGCCCGCCAUCCUCAGUUCCAGUCCGUGAGGCGUAUCCGUGACAUGCAGUGGCACCAACAGGGCUGCUACACCAUGGGCAGCAAGUGAAUCUCAGGGACCGAGAGAAAGAGAAAGAGCGGAAGUGAAGGAGAGGGGCGGAGGAAGAGCGAAAGGGGAAGAGAUGUCUGAGGCCUUACCUCAGUACCGUAAAUGGUGUAUGAUGUAAAGCAGUGAGGGGAAGGAUGAGGAUCUAGAUCUGUCGCAGAGUGGAGAAAACACCUGGACCACCCUCCAUUCCUCUCUUCCUGUGGGCGGAGCUUUGCUUUCCCCCUUUUCUUGCUUUUAUCCUUUUUUUAGUCCCUCACUUUUUUCUCCACGGUCCUCUGAGACACCGUAGAGGGAUCACGGCACCUCUUGCUGUUUUACACACUUGAUUCUCGGCUCAGGGUAUGAUGCACCAUGGGAAACUGAGUCCUUAGAGCCCCCUGACCCCGUCUGCUCGCCCCUGUGCACUGCACACCUCUCUGCUAUACAGAAUCCUCGACAAGUUUUCAAUAAAAAGGAAAAUCUUGAUUUCAAA